AUGUCUCUUAAGUGGCUCUUUGUAUUGAAGAUGGAGACACCUAAUUCACCUUUGCUGGUAGAAUCCUCUUACGCAGAUUUGGUCAUCAGUGUAGGAAAAGUGACUGUUGGUGAAGGGCACAGAAAAAAGCUGCGGAAAACUCAGAGAGACCAGGAGAAGGAGAAAGUUGUCCAGGCUGCAUGUGCUUUAUUGAAUUCAGGAGGAGGGGUGAUUCUGAUGGAGAAGGCCAGCAACGAGGGGCACCCUGUGGAAAUGGGACUGGAUUUAGAAGAGUCGUUGAGGACCCUCAUUGAGUCUUCAGAUUUGCCGGCUUUCUUUGACACCAAGCAACAAGGGAGGUGUUUCUACCUUUUUGUUAAAUCUUGGAGUCCUGGCCCUUCCUCUGAAGACAAUUCUACCAAGCCCCGCAUUUGCAGCCUGGUUUCUUCGUUAUACCGUAGAUCUGGCACCUCUGUGCUUCCCAUGAAACUAGGAGAGGCAUUUAAUUUCUUGAAAAAGAAGAAAAAAGAACAAAAAACAAUACUUUUGGGGAAAGAACCUUCUAGUAAAAUUCCCAUGGUGUCAAAACAAAACUCCCAGUGCUUGAAUCCUGCUUACCAAACUUUCCAAAGAGACCGGCUUGAACAUGGCGAAAUCCUGCCUUUUCCUGAGUCUCAAUAUGUAGAGUUUAAACAGUUCUCUACAAAACACAUCCAAGAAUACGUAAAAAGUAUAAUUCCAGAGUAUGUCUCUGCAUUUGCAAACGGUGAAGGUGGCUUUCUUUUUAUUGGAGUGGAUGAUAAGAGCAAGAGAGUUCUGGGAUGUGCUCAAGAAAAUUUUAACCUUAACUCUUUGAGAAAGAAAAUAGAAGAUGCAAUAAACAAAUUACCUUGUGUCCAUUUUUGCCGAUCCCAAUGCCAGAUAACAUUCAAACUCAAAUUCCCUCAAGUGUUAGUGGACGGAGAGUUAUGUGGCUAUGUCUGUGCACUCCGAGUGGAGCCGUUCUGUUGUGCGGUAUUUUCAGAAGCUCCCAAAUCAUGGAUGGUGAAAGGCAAGCAAGUCUGCAGACUGACAACUGAGCAAUGGGUAGACAUGGUGAUGGACAGAGAUCCAGGUCUUCCAGGCUUGUGCGAAGACUUUGAACUUCAGGUGAGCCUGUCUAGCGGGCCUCCUCUAAGCAGGCCAGUGUACUCCAAGAAAGGCCUGGAACAUAAAGAAGAUCUCCAGCAACUUUUAUUUCCAGUGCCUUCAGAAGGUCUACGAUAUACUCCUGAACCCCUCUGGCAGGAACUGUCCUCGGAGCAUGAAGGUCUGGAGGGAUUAAUAAGGAGGCAGAUGCAUCCUUUCUCCCGGGGAACUCUGAUCCUUUCUAGAAGCUGGGCUGUGGACCUGGACUUGCCAGAGAGGCAGGGAGUCAUCUGCGAUGCUCUGCUGGUAGCACUGGACAGCACCCCCGUUCUCUACACCAUCCUCGGGGAGCGGCAUGCAGACGGGCGGUCCUACUGCACCCAUACAGCCUUUACUUUGAAGGACAAGCUGGUGAACAUGGGCGGCUAUACCGGGAAGCUGUACGUGAGGCCCACGGUCCUGUAUCUGAGUUCCGAGAGCAGCUCAGGGUCCUUGGAAGGCUGGGGCUCUCUCACCGAGUACCCGGAGUCCUAUCACCUUGCAGACACCCAGCAAAUGGAAGCCUUGCUGCAGUCCCUUGUCAUUGUCUUGCUCAGCUUCAGGUCUUUGCUGAGUGACCAGGCCGGCUGUGAGAUUUUAAAUCUGCUCACAGCCCAACAGCAUGAGAUCGUCUCAAAGAACCUUCGCAAGACCAGAGAGUUGUUUAUCCACGGCUUACCUGGCACAGGGAAGACCGUCAUAGCCAUGAAGAUCAUGGAGAAGAUUAAGAACGUGUUUGGUUGUAAGGAAAGGGCAAUUCUCUAUGUUUGUGAGAACCAACCUUUGAGGGACUUUAUCCGGAAUAAACAUAUCUGCCAUGCAGUGACGCGGAAAACCUUCAUGAGUACUUACUUCAAAGAGAUUGAACACAUCGUCAUCGAUGAAGCUCAGAAUUUCCGUACUGAAGAUGGGCAGUGGUAUAUGAAGGCAAAAGCCAUCACUCAUGAGAGAAAGGAUCAUCUGGGAAUUCUCUGGAUCUUUCUGGACUACUUUCAGACCACUCACAUGGACAUCAGUGGCCUCCCCCGUCUCCAAGACCAGUAUCCAAGAGAAGAGCUCACCAGAGUGGUCCGGAAUGCAGAUCCAAUAGCCAAGUACCUACAACAAAAAAUGCAGGAGGUCAGAGAAAAUCCACCACGUAACAUCCCCCCUGGGUUCCUGCAGAUACUCAGUGAAGCUGAAUGGACUCAGGGUGUUUCAGGCGAUUUUGAGGUCAAGUACUUAAAUUUGGAGCAGAUGGUGGAUUUUAUAUCAGAGAAAUGCCAGUUCCUCUUAAGGCAGGGUUAUUCCCACAAGGAUAUUGCUGUGCUUUGCAGCACAGCAAGUGAUAUAAAAACAUAUCAAUCUAAGCUUGAAAUAGCAAUGAGGGAGCAAAGUUUUCAGCACCCUGAGGAAUCUCUUCUGUUCGUACAAUUCGUCAAUGCAUCAGAUGUCAUGGAGGAUCAUAUCGUGUUGGACAGUGUCCGUCGAUUUUCAGGUCUGGAAAGAAAUAUUGUUUUUGGGGUCAAUCCAAGGGCAGCUGAACCAGCUGUUUUCCAAAAUCUUCUGCUCUGUCUGGCUUCAAGGGCGAGGAAACACCUGUAUAUUCUGAUGCUAAACUAA